UUUAUUCUUUAAUUUCUUCGUCUUCUUAGAAAAAGGAAGAAGAAGAAGAGAAGAGAAAAUGCCAGAAAUGGACGGUUCGUCAAGACCCCCACAAAUCUCCGAGAUGUUUCAGAAAUUCGCUCUCGCAUUCAAAGCCAAGACCUUCGAAUUCUUCGCCGACGAAGAAGAAUCCGCCGACGCCGACGGAUUCUCCCUCCUCGACUCCGCCGAGGAAGUCAUCACCGACCAGAAAGUCGUCGUCAUCAAACCGGACUCCACUUACACCAAUUUCUCUUCCCCACAAAAACCGUUAAUUACACCCACAAAACCCAAUUUCAUCGAUACACAGAAGAAGAAAAACGACGAAUUCGCGAAACCCAUAAAUACCCACCUUACCCAGACCCUGUUUUCCUCCAUUUUUGCCACGGUUUCCUCUUUCGAAGCCUCGUACCUCCAGUUACAAACUGCCCAUGUCCCGUUUGUUGAAGAAAACAUAAAAUCCGCCGAUCGAGCUCUGGUUUCUCACCUCCAGAGACUCUCCGAAUUCAAGAGAUUUUACUUGGAAAACUGCAGAAAUUCCGAUAAUUCCGACAAGGAUUUGCCAAUUGGGUCGUGUUUGGAGGCUCAAGUGGAGGAGAAUCAGAGCAAGCUUCGCACGCUCGGGACUUUCUCGGACCGGCUUCAACAAGAGAUGGAUCAGAAGGACAACGAAGUUGCGGCGCUGAAGAAGAAGUUGGAGGAGAUUCAGAGGCAGACUUCCAAGUUUUCGAAACGAUUAUCGGGUGAUUUGAACUCGUCUUGCGAGGUUUUGCUCUCUGUUAAAGUGUUUGAUUCUGUUUUGCAUGAUGCUUGUAGAUUAACGCGUAAGUUUACUAAGAUUUUGAUUGAGUUGAUGAGAGGAGUUGGGUGGGAUUUGGAUUUAGCUGCUAAUUUGGUUCAUCCCGAUGUUGGGUAUGCCAAGAAAGGACAUACUAGAUUUGCGUUUUUGUCAUAUGUUUGCCUGGGAAUGUUUAGAAACUUUGAUUCAAAAUUCUUUGGAUUGGUUGAGGAUGGAAGUUUGUGUAAUGGGCAUGCUUCGGAUUCCGAUAAGAGAAGUUUUUCAUUGAGGCAAUUGCUCGAACAUGCAUCGAGCAAUCCUAUGGAGGUGUUGAGUAGGGACUGGAGCUGCGAUUUCUCGAGGUUUUGUGAGAGCAAGUAUCAAGAGAUUAUCCAUCCAACAAUGGAGUCCUCGAUUUUCAGUAAUAUGGAUAGAAAAGAAGUGGUCUUGAAUUCGUGGCGGUCAUUGAGUGUGUUCUACGAGGCGUAUGUAAACAUGGCGAGCUCAGUUUGGACACUGCACAAGCUGGCCUUUUCGUUCGAUCCCGUUGUUGAGAUCUUUCGAGUGGAAAGGGGCGUGGAUUUUUCGAUGGUGUACAUGGAAGAUGUCACCAAGAGAUUGUUGUUGCCAUGUAAAUCGAGGGUAAAGGUUGGCUUCACGGUAGUACCAGGUUAAUUCGGAAGAACAGUUAUUCAGUCUCAGGUUUACUUAACGGGACUGAAAUGCACAGAGCAGUAGUAAAUUUGUGUUUUUAAUACAGUGGGAAUGGUGUUAUAAGCUAAGCUCUCCGAGGAGAUUAAAGUCGGCGGAUUUAAGUGAAAAAGAAUGCAUCGAUUAGCAAUCUCAAGAAUGGAAGUAUCUGAUAUAUGCCCUUUAGAUUCGGGGCCUGCUUUCCUUGUUAUAUAAUACGUAUAGAUGUCUUAUGGUUUCUGGUUUGUGAAUUUGGCUUUUUUGUUUCAUAUGGCCUUUUUUCCUGCUAAAUCUUGUGUAGAGUUAACUGUAUAGAACUCUUCUCUUUUGGGUUUAUCUAACACAAAUACGCCCCCAAAAUAGUGUAUGCUAAUUAGUGUUUUAACAGAUGACAAUAGUGUUUUUGACUCUCUCAUGUUGUUGUUUAACUAUGAUGAGUUAUGAGUGAUAUUUUAGUUGGUCAUGUUUUCUUGAAUCAUAUGGGUGAAGGAAGAAUGUUGUAUUUCCGUCUUCAGUGUUAAAAGAUAACUCUUUUUUUUUUUUUAUGCAUUAGUCUGCUAUUGCUUGGAUUAGAUGUAC